AUGGGUGCCGCGAAAGACCAUCAAUCCAUAACUGCUAUGCCAGGGACUUCAAUCCUCAAGCUGAAGCGCAAGCCGCCUGAGCUGCAGCGCCUGAACCUCUUCACGAAUCGCAGGGAGAUCGCCCUCAAGGACUGGCUCUCCGGCGUGCUGGGUGCCUUGGAGAGUACCGGCACGCACAUCAUGCUCCUGAAACGCUCGUCCGGCAACGGUGAGGUGAUGGGGGGAGUUGUCACCGGAGAGAAGACGGACGGCGGUGAUGACCAGAAGAAGGAGGGCAAGGCCACCGGGGAGAUGAAGAUUCAGCUCCGGCGCGACAAAGCGCAGCAGGCUGAGAACGACUGGCUUCAGUCCCUGCUUGGUGGUGAGGCGGAGAAAGAGCCAGAGCCACCAGAGCCCGAGAAGGCCUCGCCAGCCCCCGCGGAGCCGAUAGCGAGGCCUGCGAGCGCACCGGGUCCGCAGGAGCCACCUGAACUGCCGCGGACGGAGGCAACAUCGUCCAGGAGGCGAGGGGGCAACCACCGCGACUAUGAGGAGGCGCCUCAGCCGAGGCGUGCGUGGCUGCCAGGAUCGAAGAACGCCUGGGCUCCUGCGGUGUCCGGAAAUUACACGAACGGGUGGGAGGACGGCACCUGGCACAACGGAGAUGCCGGGUGGAGUGAGUGGAACGACUGGACCUGGUGGCGAGGAGAGCAGGCGCCCGUGCCUGCCCCUGCGCCAGCGCGGAGGUGGAAUAAGCAGGCCAAAGGCACCGGCCUGCGACGAAUGCCUACGGGCGGGUGGAGGCCUCAUCAAGCUCUUCAAGGAUGGUGA